UAUAUAGGAAGCAUGUAUCAUUUGGUCCACUAAUUCUCUGAUCUUGGAAGAGAAAAAAGAGCUUAUAACCAACAACAAAGUUGCUCAACAUGGGUUUCGUGUUCUUCAACAAGUUCAGCAUCCUCUUUCUCCUGAUUUCAGCAUCAUUUUUAUCAGCCUCUUUUGCAGCAGGUCGAAGUUCCAAGUUUGUCAAUAAGUUGGCCAAAGAAGUGGAUGCAAUUCCAGAGGAAACGUUAGGGAAGCCAUUGAACCACAAGGAAGCUGCCAUAAUCCAUGAAAGGCUGCUGAGAGCUAACACCAGAGACUAUGGAAGAUAUGAUCCAGCACCUGCUCUUGUCAAGCCUCCUUUCAAGCUCAUCCCCAACUGAUCCUCUGAUGGUUUUAGCCAUCAAAAACCGCCGUCGGAGUAGCCUCUUUAUAUUAACUAAAUAAAUGAAGUAGCCUAUAUGUAUCCACUACUAUAAAGUGUUAAAGAAAUGUUCUAGCGUAAUUAUGUGAGAUAUAUAUAUAUAUAUAUAUAUAUAGACAUAUACUAAGUUUUCAAUUCUUGUAUCCCUGGAUAAAUUUG